ACUGAUGGAACUCCUCUCCACUCCCCUGCGCUCUCAUCUGAACCAACAUCGUCAUCGCCAGCAGUACCUCCUCCACGAGAGAUCGAGCUUCCGCGUGUUACAAACACAGGUCACAGCAUUGGUCCGCUUCAACGGGAAAAAUGUCCAUACUGUAUGACCAAGGAGUCUUUCAAUAGACCAGUCGAGGCUAUAGAACAUAUCGUAGACCACGGAGGAAGCAUUCUGGAUGUGAAAUUAUCAUUUUACGAUGAUGAUAAGCUGCUAGCGACUGAGACGCAACUCACUGGCGAGAAAUGCAAUGUCUGCGAUGUAAAUUUCGAUUUUCCAACACAAUACUAUCUGCAUUUGCUUCUGAAGCAUAGAAUGGAAGUGACGUCGUUUUAUAUACCGAACUACCCGAAAGCUAAUAAUGUGAAAUUUGUAACGGUUAUGAUUUAUCGUAUGUAUCCCGAGUACACAAUUGAGUUCCGUGAGGUUAUGCCACAUGCUAGACCUCGUACAGCAGAACCACCUCGAAGUACAGCUGCUGUAGAAAGUAGUAGUGCUAGUUCAAAUGUUGAGCAAUCUCAAAUCACCAGGACCAGUAGUGAUUCCCUUGUUGCUGAACCAGAAGUAGAGCAAUCCAAGUCUUCCGUGAGUGCUUCUUCAGAGCAAUCCACAGAUGUCUCUAAGGAGCACUCUGUCGAAAAUCUGCCUGAAAAUAAGAAUGUAUGA